GUGGUGGACGGGUGCCUGCUUUCGAGAAUGUAUAUAUAAAUUUCGUCCAAUAAAACGUGCAUUGGCGCAACAUAAUUGAGCUCCCCAACCAUACCCUCUGUGGAAGUCAUAUAGAACACUCGUCCUUCCGAAUUUCAUCGCAACAGUUUCACUUUGCAUACCUAGAAAACACCAUCAAUCCGAAAUCUACACAACCAACACCAGCAUCCGACAUGGCUCCCAAAAUAUUCUUCACCGGAGCAACAGGCUUCGUCGGCGGCGACGUCCUGGAAGCCCUGCACAGCAAGCACCCAGACUACGAGUACACCAUCCUGGUGCGGACCGAAGAGCGCGCCAAGCCGGUCAGGGAGCGCUACUCGGACGCCAACGUCAUUAUUGGCUCCAACGACAGCGCCGAAAUUAUUGAGAAGGCCGCAGCCGAGGCCGACGUCGUAGUCCACACCGCCGAGUCUGCUGAUGACGAACCAUCGGCCAAGUCCAUCGUCAAGGGACUGGAGGCAGGGCACUCGCCCGACCGGCCGGGGCGGUAUAUCCACCUGACCGGAACUGCCAUUCUGCAAUGGUACGACAAGACCAACGAGCGCUACGGCGAGCCGCCCGCGCCAGACCAGGAGUACCGCGACAUCAGGGACAUUGAGCGCAUCCUCAACCUCCCCGACCAGGCACCCCACCGCGGCAUCGACAAGAUCGUGCAGGCGGCCAACGACAUUCCCUACGUCAAGACUGCAAUGAUCUGCCCGCCGGUAAUCUACGGCACCGGCCGGGGCACCGUCAACACGCGCUCGCAGCAGGUGCCGUUCCUCGCGCGGUACGUGCUGCAGGAGGGCCACGCGCCGCUGGUGGGCGCGCAAAAGACGCAGUGGGACAGCGUGCACGUGGCGGACCUGGCGACGCUCUUCGUGGCGCUGGUCGAGGCGGCGCUGGACCCGGGGCGCCGCGACGACCCGGAGCUGUUUGGCCGCGCCGGCUACUUCUUUUGCGAGGCGGGCACGCCGCACCGGUGGAGCGACGUGGCGCGCGCCGUCGUCGAGGCCGCCAAGCAGCAGGGGUUCGUCGCCGAGGCCAGGGCCGAGGUCGUGCCCGCCGCAAAGGUCACCAACUGGACCCUGCUGGGCAACUCGCAGUCCGUGGCCGAGCGCGCGAGGAAGCACCUUGCCUGGGAGCCUGAGGUGUCGAAGCGCCACACGCUGUGGGAUGACAUUCCCAACUGUGUAAAGGUGGAGGCGGAGGCUUUGGGCAUCAAGCCGACCCUGCCGCCCCAGUGAGGCUGGGGGAUGUGAUGUUUGUGUGGCGAGGAUUGGUUGAGUUGGCCAUGACUGUGGAACUUUCCCCGACACGAAAAUCUGUACCCAAUAGGACCUGAAGCCUCAGGAGUUUAGAAAAUACCCUCCAAUGAACGAUUCCGUCUGUCUCUUUACGCAAUA